CUUUUCUAUCACACACCGCAACAACUCCGACCCACUUCCUUAUCCACGCCCAAACCCUUCCCAUCAAGAUGUCGGCCGUUCAGGGAAAGCGCCGUACCUUCAAGAAGUUCACCUUCCGGGGCGUCGAUCUCGAUGCGCUUCUCACAAUGAAGCCGGUUGAGAUCCUUCCGCUUCUUUCGUCCCGCACGCGCAGAAAGUUUAACCGCGGCCUCACUCGCAAGCCUAUGGCCCUCAUCAAAAAGCUGAACAAGGCUAAGAUGGAGGCUCCGGAGCACGAGAAGCCUGAGGUCGUCAAGACCCAUUUGCGAGACAUGAUCAUCAUCCCGGAAAUGAUCGGAUCCGUCGUUGCUGUCUACAACGGAAAGAGUUUCAACUCGGUUGAAAUCAAGCCAGAGAUGAUCGGAAGCUACCUUGGCGAGUACAGUUGCAGCUACAAGUUUGUUCGUCAUGGGCGACCGGGUAUCGGUGCAACCCAUUCCUCCCGUUUCAUUCCUCUGAAGUAAAACUUCACGCUCUGGGCUACUAUUCAAAUUGAAUCUGUUUGAGACUGUUUCCA